AUGAGUGGAGCGCGUCGUCGUCGGACAUCGAAACCUCGAGAAGACGAUUCCAGUUCAUCGUCAGGUAUUCAAACCACUCCAAAACCAAAAAAAAGGUAAGAUUUCAGGUUUAAUUUUGUGAAUAUUAUAUUAAACUUGCCAGUCGUUUUGGAAUUUUUCUUAUUUUUUGUUUUUAGGUAACAACUCUUAUUUUUUCUUUAAUUAUAGGUUAGCAAAUUUAGGUUUUGGGUAAUAUUCUUUAUAUUUCUUUUCAGUUUCACUGAAGUAGCGCCAGAUCAGCCAGUCCAUGUUGCUCAAGACUCAUUAUUUAGUUCAAGCUCGGGAUGGACAAAUUAUCAAGGAUUCUUUAACCUUGCCAUUCUUUUACUUGUAAGUUUUUUUUAAUUUUAAGCUUGUUUGAGGUAAUUUUAGGUUUGAUAGGCGUUUUCGACCCAAAGGUAAUGUUUUAGGGUUAUAAUUUGAUUUCGAGCUUAAAAUAAGUUUAAUACUCAACCCAUUCAUCAUAAUUUUCUUUCAGGUCGUAUCCAAUGGUCGAGUAGCUCUAGAAAACCUAAUAAAAUACGGAAUCCUUAUCAACCCCCUGGACUGGGUCGGAUGGGCUCCAUUAACACCGUGGCAUUGGCCAAACAUUGCCAUAAUGCUUGGCACCAACAUCUCCAUCAUAUUGUCGUUGCUGGUCGAGAAGUUCAUGGCAGUAGGCUACGGUGGAUACAGAUUCUCUGUGGUUUUCUACACAAUUCUUAUGAUUUCUCACUUUGUCAUUCCGGCUAUCAUAUCAACGAAGAUCGACUCGAAUCCACUUUACAAUUGCUGGACAUUGACUUUGGUUGUUAUUGAAGGAUUGAAGCUGGUUUCUUAUGCUCAAGUCAAUUAUUGGUGUCGAACGGCUUAUAGGGAGGGGAAAAUUGUAAGGUUUUUAUAAAUUUUUAGGUAUUAUAAAAUAUUUUUAUAGAUGUUUGUGUAAUAUGAGGUACAUUACUUAACGUUAUAGAGUAUUAUACCUAAUAUGACAAAUGAAUUUUAGGCUUGAAUAUAAGUUUUCUUUUCAGAAGCAACAAGACAAUCCCCACAAUUACCCAAACAACUUGACCAUUUCGAAUGUAUACUACUUUAUGGCAGCUCCAACAUUGUGCUACGAGCUCAGAUUUCCACGAACUCCAAUGCAAAGGAAACGAUUUUUAGUGAAAAGAGUCGUUGAGGUAAGUUCAUCAUGAUUAUUUGGAAAAGUACCCAAACUGCAUUCCUUUGUCUACGUAAGACAAAGGAAUGCUAUUUAAAUUACCUUUUUUUAGUUCAUUACUUUCUCCUUCAUCAUCGUCGCUCUCUGUCAACAAUGGGUAAUGCCGUUGGUUAAGAACAGUAUCGGACCGUUUUCGGAAAUGGACUUUAAGCGUUGUUUGGAGAGGGUAUUGAAACUGGCAAUUCCAAAUCAUUUGCUAUGGCUGCUGGGAUUUUACACCAUCUUUCAUUCUGGACUUAACCUAUUGGCAGAAAUUUUGAGAUUCGGCGACAGAGAGUUUUACUUGUAAGUUUUUAGGCUUAAAAUGGAAUUUUAAAUAAUAUAAUUUUAGGUAUAAAAAUCAAAUUUUAGACUUAAAAACUAAGUUUUAGGCUUAAAAAAGAAUUAAAUUUUUUAAAUUCCAGGGACUUUUGGAACGCGGAAACAAUUUCCUAUUUCUGGCGCACAUGGAACAUGCCAGUCCAUCGAUGGUGUGUAAGACAUGUCUUCCGGCCGAUCGUCAACAAUGGCUAUUCGAAAAUCACCGCCGCCAUAGUGGUUUUCUUGAUUUCAGCGUUCUUCCACGAAUAUAUUGUAGGUUUUUACUUCUUUUUGGAUUUUUUGUUGUUUUAGGUGCUUUUGUCAAUUAAGUACUGUGCACGGCAACUUGAAACAGGGGAACUCCUGUAUAACGAACUGUUGUAUACCUAAACUUCUUUAUAACAAACAACUUAAAAACACUGAGCGAUUCGUUGUACAGGAGUUUUAACGUAUUAAAUUUGAACUAAACAUGACAUCUUGAUUACAUUGACAUUAUUUUAGGUAUCAGUACCCCUACACAUGUUCCGUCUAUGGGCUUUCAACGGAAUGUUGGCCCAAAUCCCCCUGUCAAUCCUCACGGACAAAUUCUUCAAAGGUGGACGAUCCGGCAACAUUAUCGUGUGGCUAUCGUUGAUUCUGGGACAACCAAUGGCGAUAUUAAUGUACGUUCACGAUUGGUACCUGAUAAAUCAUCCAGGACACACACCAGUCCCAAUUAAUCAGACCAUUCCACAUAUUUAG